AUGGGUUUUAGCACGAAAGUACCACAAGGGGCAGUAGAAAUGAGUGAUGAAUUCAACAUUAUUGCAAAAUCAUAUGGUAUACAAAAUAUAGCAUCCGGUGUGCAUCGUGUUUUGCUCAUUCAUCCACGAUUACGGCGAGGACCUUUCUUCGAUUUAAAUCCUACAAAAACUAAACUACAACUAGAAGAAGCAGUUGCAUUGGUUAAUACUUUGCCGAAUUUCAAAGUUAUAGAAACAACUGCAGUAAGCACCGAUCGCUCUACCGAGAAGAAGCGUCUUUGGGGUGAAGGGCGCAUUGAACGAAUAAUUGCUCUCAAAGAAAAAAUCUCUGCCACAGCACUGAUGAUUGACGUUGAUAUUCUACAACCAAAGCAGCAGGCUGAAUUAACAACAAUUUUCCGUGUUCCUAUAUAUGACCGCUACAAUAUAGUGUUGCUCAUUUUCAAAAUGUUUGCUAAAACAAAGGAAGCUAAGUUACAAAUUCAACUUGCCGAAAUCCCUUACAUAAGGCAACGAUUGUUAUCUAUGUAUGAAUUACGUGUGGAUCCAUCUAUUUUCCAUUUCGAUACAUCCGAGAAAUCAAAAUCUGACAGAUUAGAAAUUUUACGAUAUCGUGAGCAACAUUUGCGAAAAUGCUUAAAAGCUGCAGUAGAAGAAAAAGUUAAUUUGCGAAUUGGUGAAGCUCGAAAAAAUAUACGAACAGUAGUUGCUGUAGUUGGAUAUACGAAUGCUGGCAAAAGUUCGUUGAUUAAAAGGUUAACAAAACGCAAUUUAUAUGUUGAGGAUCGUUUAUUCGCCACAUUAGAUACAUCAUUGCAUGUUUUUCGGUUACCAUCUGGUUUACCUGUACUUUUUGCGGAUACAAUUGGAUUCAUAUCAAAUCUGCCUACUCAAUUACUGGCAUCCUUUCAAGCUACACUAAAUCACGUUGAGAAUGCAGAUUUAUUGUUGCAUGUAGAAGAUGUUUCGAAUCCGGAUUAUCUUACUCAGCGUGAUGUCGUAAUGAAAACGUUGUCAGUACUAAAAAUUAGGAAUGAAUUAUUGAACUCAAUGAUUCGGGUUGGAAAUAAAAUUGAUAAGUUAAAUCAAUUGCCUCCUAAUGAACCUAAUACAUAUUUCGUCUCUUGUGCUGAUGGUCGUGGAUUUGUUGAGUUGUUGACUGCUAUCGAUAAGAAAGUGUUGAAAAUAAGUGGUGUAACAAUUCGCCGAUUGAAAUUACGUCCACAUUCAGAAGCAUUUUCCUAUUUGUGCAAAUAUUCCUUUCUUGUUGGUCAGCCGAUUCCAUCAGAAGACAAUGAUUACUUGUUAUGUAAUCCUAUUAUUGCGUUACAAUUGAAAGCCAAUAUGGUGAAUGUAACUUCAUUGGAACCAAUGAGUGAUUGGACCAAAUUUCGAUGGCAUUUAAAGUUAAAAUGUACGAACUGUGGUGAAGAGCCAGAACACUGGCAGUAUGUUAUUGAAAAAGAGAAAUUUAAUACACCUGGAAGCAGAGGAGCUGUAAAUAUAUUAGAAAAAUGUAAACUAUGUAACAGGAUGAAUACGCUCGAUAUUGUAAAAGAUUCAUUCCGACCCUAUAAGAACAACAAUAACUACGAUGAACUGAUUAAAUUUGACUGUCGUGGCUUGGAACCAACUGAUUUUGAUCCACGAUCGGAAUGGCGAGCUAUUGGAACAGAAUCCGGAAUUGUUUUCGAAAAUAUUGAUCUUACUGAAAAGGAAUGGGUCGAUUACGAUGAGAAAGCAGCACAACCAACGGAAAUUAAUGAAAUUCACUAUCGAUUUGUGCUUUGCCGAAAACAAUAA